CCAAUCAGUAGCGCAGUUCCCAAGCCCGAGGUUACAAGUCUAGACACCUGGAGAAACCCAUGGAUUUUCUAUCGAAACUUCUACUGAUCGCCGGCCUGCUGAUGCUGAGCUGGCAAUGGACGGUGGCCAUGCCCAACGUCCCCAAAAAUCAGCCCGGCGGAGUGUCUAUCUCCCAACCCGAUCUACCGCUCGUGGACAACUCGGCCAUAUUGGUGCAGAGCAUCUUUAACAUCGAUCCAUCUCUGUGCCCCAAGGGCUAUGUGCGUGUGGGUCCUCACAACACGUGUCGCAAGGAGGUCUAGGAAGAUAACGUCUGCCGGGGAAUUCCAGGAUAUAAAGUAAUAAUCGGUCAAUAACUGAACUCUACAAAGCAGCGAUAAUUGACCAACGAAUGCCAGACGGGAACGUGCCAAAAGCUGUGUUAAUUAUUGUUACUGAAGCAUAAUAUAUACGCGAACAAAUAAAUUAUACAAAAAUA